AUGUCUGCCGAUCUGUUUGCUGCUUUCAUCAAUGAUAGCAAUGAAGACUCCUCGAGCAAGUUUAAUGUUACUGCACAAAAGCAAUCCGUAGCCUCUGAUUCUUGGAGCGAUGCUUUUACCUCUACAGUAGCAACGUCGAUUCACAAUACCGUCGAACGAAAACAAAGGGACAACCAUGCUCCACCACUAUGGCAGAAAGAUCGGCGAGGAACCGAUAUCCUCUUUGAUGCCGAGGCAGCCGAUGAGGAUGACUUUGGUGACUUCGAGGAUGUUAAUACUGUUAACACAAUAAAAAAAUUCCCGGAAGUCACAGGUGAUAACGAAGGUCACCGGAUGCCGUCCCUAAAGGUUGCUGACCAGCACCCUCCUGACCUCAUCAGCCUCGAGCCAGAGUUCACGGGUCUAGUUACAGGCCCUUCCACAUCCGACCCCUUCAAAAGGCAAGAGGUACCCGAGAUAUCUACAUCAGGCCAACAUGGAAUCGAGGAGCCAGGCGCGGCCUGGGAUGACGAUUGGGGCGACUUUGAACAGACGUCGCCAAAGGUCAAGCCUUCUGUCCAGAUUAGACAGCAUGGGGUUCUUGAUAAGGCUGCCAAUAUCAACCCCCCAACUACAGAAGAGGCUGAGGAUUAUUGGGAGCCUUUCGAAGAUGGGCAACCACAGCAGCCGCAAGGUCAGAAAUCAACAUCUGUUCAGCCUUCGUCUGAGCUAUCAAUGACUGGCAAGGCUAUCAAGCCAAUUUCUACAGACGCUGUAACAAGACCACUAAAUGUCCCUCCACCCGCCACGCUUCUGCAACUACUGUCCAACAUCUUUGUGUUAAUUCACAAUCUACACAGCGCUGGUCAGGAAGCUAAGCCAGACCUUGCAUUAAAAGUCCUGGUCGUGUUCCGGGUUGUAUCUAGAAUCGUUGCCGGGAGGACUCUACGUUGGAAAAGAGACACCAUCUUGGCCCAGAGUAUGAGAAUUGGGCAGGCUGGAAGUACCGGAGGUAUGAAGCUUACAUCGGUCAACAAAGGGGAGAGCACAAGAGAAGCACGGGAAGUGGAGGAUCUACUCGGUCACUGGUCAAGAUAUACUCAUGAAUUUCACAGCAUUUUGGCUCAGGCUGGUAUGACGGGUACUCGAUUGAAAAUUGCUUCCUCUCCUACACUGAAGAUCUUGAAAGCGACCGGAACCUCAAAACAAUGCGCCUUAUGUGGACUUCAGAGAACUGAAAGGAUCAGCGGCGUUGAUACCGACAUAGAUGAUCUCUUCGGGGAGUUCUGGACUGAACAUUGGGGGCAUAAAGAGUGUUGUGAGUUUUGGUUUCUUUACAAGGAGCACUUGAACCAACGCUGA